CGGGGCCGGAGGCAGCCCCGCACGGCCCCUUCUCCGCCUCCGCAGAAACACCUGCGGGGGGAGAAGGAAGAAGGAUGCCGGGGGGUGGCCGCCUUCCUCGGCGGGAGCGCGGGCUGGCCUCGGAGCCGCCCCGGCGAGGAAGAGGAGGAGGAGGAGGAGGAAGAAGAGGAGGAGGAGAGGCAGAGAAAGGAGCGGGAGGGAAGUGGGGAAGUUGUGCCUUGCGCGCCCCGCCGAGAGCCGGAGCCAUGGGCCCCGUCGGGGGGGCGCGGGCCGCCCCCUCGCUGCUGCUGUCGCUGCUGCUCGGAGCCUCGGCCCCGCUCUGGCUGCGGGCAGAAAAGCUGGGAGAUGGAUGUGGGCACACAGUGAUGUACCAAGACAGCGGGACCCUGGCAUCCAAGAACUAUCCUGGGACAUACCCAAAUUACACUCUUUGUGAAAAGAAAAUCCAAGUGCCUCCAGGAAAACGCCUGAUCUUAAAAAUUGGAGACCUGGAUAUCGAAUCACAGAAAUGCGAAUCCAGCUACCUUACCAUCCAGAGUUCUUCGACAUCGCAUGGGCCAUACUGUGGUAAUGCGAUGCCUGUCCCCAAAGAAAUCAUUCUGGAUAGCAAUGAAGCAACUAUUCACUUUGAGAGUGGAUCCCACGUGUCAGGACGAGGCUUCCUGUUGUCCUAUGCCAGUAGUGAUCAUCCAGAUCUAAUCACAUGUUUGGAACGAGCGAACCACUACACAAAGGCCGAAUACAGCAGAUACUGUCCCGCUGGCUGCAGAGACAUAGCAGGUGACAUUUCUGGGAAUAUCGGAGAAGGAUACAGAGAUACCUCGCUGCUGUGCAAGUCGGCCGUCCACGCGGGCGUUAUCGCCGACGAGCUGGGCGGUCAGAUCAGCGUCACCCAGCAGAAGGGCAUCAGCCGCUACGAAGGCGUCGUCGCCAACGGCGUCCCCUCGCACGAUGGUUCGCUGUCAGAUAAGCGGUUUAUAUUUACUUCAAAUGGCUGCAACAAAUCUCUCAGUCUGGAAGAGGGAUUCCUCUCCAAGAGCCAGGUUACUGCAUCUUCCUACUGGGAGGAGACAAACGAAUUUGGGCAACUGUUCCAGUGGUCUCCUGACAAGGCUUGGCUUCACGUCCCAGGACUGGCUUGGGCCUCUAACCACAGCAGCAAUCGUGAAUGGCUGGAGAUAGACCUGGGAGAGAAGAAGAGAAUAACAGGGAUUAAGACCACUGGUUCUGGAUCCACGAUGCUGAAUUUCAACUUUUACGUAAAGACAUUUACAAUGAACUACAAAAAUAACAACUCAAAAUGGAGAACUUACAAAGGGAUUCUGAGCAAUGAAGAAAAGGUAUUCCAAGGCAACUCCAACUCUGGUGACAUAGUACGCAAUAACUUCAUCCCUCCGAUAGUGGCCCGUUACGUGCGAAUUAUCCCUCAAACCUGGAACCAAAGAAUAGCGUUGAAGCUGGAGCUGAUGGGUUGUCGAAUCAUGCAAGCUAAUAGUUCGUUUACACAUUCAAUGUGGCAGAGACCAAGCCAGAGCACAGAAACCUCCCUUGGAAAAGAAGACAGGACUGUUACGGAGCCCAUCCCAUCGGAAGAAACUAACUUGGGCUUGAAGCUUACAGCCAUAAUUGUCCCCAUCCUCAUCGUGCUGUGUCUGUUCGUGUUCUCUGGAAUUUGUAUCUGUGCAGCCCUGCGCAGGCGAGAAGCCAAAGGACUUUCUUAUGGAUUAUCCAGUGCUCAGAAAUCAGGUUGUUGGAAACAAAUCAAGCAGCCCUUCACCAGACAUCAGUCGACUGAAUUUACCAUCAGCUAUAACAAUGAGAAGGAGACACCACAAAAACUAGACCUGGUCACCAGUGACAUGGCAGAUUAUCAGCAGCCUCUCAUGAUCGGGACCGGGACGGUCACACGGAAAGGAUCUACUUUUAGACCCAUGGACACGGAAGAUGAGGCAAGAAGGGGGAGUUCAGAGUUCGAAAAUCACUACCACUGUCCGCUCAGAGCUACCCGGCACGAGUACGCGCUGCCCCUCGCCAGCCAGGAGCCCGAAUACGCCACCCCCAUCAUUGAGCGGCACGUCGCAAGGGAAAAUAAUUUCCCCUCUGAGAACGGCUACAACGUACCCGUCGCCUCCUCUCAGAAACACUCCCUUUCUGCCGGCAGCUUCUCCAGCUCGUGUAAGACCGACCUCAGGAACGGAGACUAUCAGACACCCCAGAGCAUCAUAAACUACGACAAGCCCAAAGCUAACGGUGUUCUGAGCUCCGUCAGCUACAGCACGGACUACCAGAAACCCCAGCCCAACGCCCUGGGCAGCGAGGGCUACUCCACCCCCAGAGACUGCCUGAAGCCCAUCAGCCAGACAGCAAUGACAGCUCUCCUGUGAUCCCCCCAGCCCCAGGGCGCCCCGCGCGGGGACGGCGAUGCGCGAAGCCAAAACAGGGUUUGGAGGGGCUCUGCCGCGGGAGGCAGAAGGCAAACAAGCCCUGUGUACAUAAUAUUGCAGUCUUGCUGGGUUCUGACAUCUGAAGAAAGCAUAUGCUGUUUAUCACUGUUUAUAGCAAGAGAGAUGUUAUCAGUGAAGACUGUACAUCUUAUUUUCUGUAACUGAUCGCAGUGCUCCACUUGCAAUGUGUGCAAUUUGUACAUAGCUUUUAUUUAAGGAAAAUUUCUUAAGUUUCCUUUUCACCUGGGGGACUGAAAGGAUUGCAGAAACGCCUAUUUAAGAAAAACAGGCCUCCUUCUCUGUCUUUACCUGCUGUUGUACCAGCAGCUGUAAAUGGUGUAUCUUACAGUUGUGGUGAUUCAUCUCCUUUCCUACGAUAACUGAAGAUAGGGCAGCACUGUUGUUCUUACUGGGAGGGUAGAAGUAAAACUACUUGAAGCAUAAAGUGCACGAGAGAGAGCAGCUGAGCAUUUAAAUACUGUGCUCAAACCCCCCUUCCCAGCUGCUUUGUUAGCAGCAAUCCUUACGUGCUUGAAGUUGAUCUAGCGUAUGAGCUGAGCCUGUCUAAUUUGCUAUUCAUAUUAGAAACAGGUAGAAAGGCUGAAACCAGUUUUGGGUUCAAGCCAUGGUGAGCACUCUGCAAUAGAAAAAAAAACAAAACCAAACAACAAACCAAAUAACUGUCAAUCUGUGGGGGUUUUUUUGCCAUGAAGCGUGUGUGGAACCAAAAUGUGAAUUUACAGCUGAGAAUUAAAUCCUGUUCAAGCCCUAGCUGAUGUUUUUUUGCUGCAAAACUAUAAGGAAAUUUGUUCUUUGGCACAAAGCAGCCAAUUUCCUGAACUCUUAAUUGCUUCACCAGGUAUUUUUCUGUCUUACAAAUUUAGUGUAACACUUCUAUUUGAUAUAUUUUGACCAAGUAAACCACAGUGUGUGUGUAUGGCUUACUGUUGCAGUUAAAUUUGCAAGACAGCACAGUGGUUUUCAAAUAAUAGUCUUUCUUUUGCAGCUAGUGUGACCCUUAAUUCUGUUUUUGGACAAACUUGAAAAAGAGGUGGGGAUGGGUGCAAUGUACCACAGAGCAGCUGGCUCCUCUUUCACCAGUGGUGUCAUUGAAGCAAAACAGCUCCUGGUAGCAACUGGGACCGGCCGCUGCCCUUCUGCCUGCAGUGCUCGGAGCGUCACUUUGAAUUUAAAACCUUGUCCUAAAACGUCAAAAAGAGGAUAUACUUCUGGGAAGGAAGAAUGGUGCUAUAUUUAAAGAACAAGGCUGGGGAAACGAGACCAGGAAAACCUGUGAGCUCUGAGAAAGCCGCUGUCUGAAGGCCCUCCCUUUCCUCGCGCGCCAACCAGGGAUAAUUUGCAAAGGACGCAACGAAGAUCUGAGGCCUGUUGGCUUUCAGAUCCUUGUUUGGAAAGUGGUGUCAGAGCCCACACUAGUUGCAGUGAUGCUGCUCGCAAAUAACCCUAACUCCAGCCAUACCUCACCUUAGGGCGAGCUCUUAGUGGGCUCUUUGCUUGUGUUGAGGCCUCGCGCGGUGCCAUUCCCUCACGCCGCCACCCUGUGCAUGCCAUUCCCCUGCAAGGUCCCCCGGUGGAGGGAGGUUACCCCAUCCUCCCCUUCCCGUCUCUGCUGUCGAUGCGGUUUGUGUGAAAAUGUCUAAAACACCUCAGGUCCCAAAGUGAAACAGCAGCAGCCUGUUUGUCAGACCGAGCCGGGCGGCGUUGUUCACCUUCUGUUGUUUACAUGUCUCUGUAAAUAAAGAACACGGGUUAUUUGUAAAUCA